AGUGCUAUACACACUCACAUGCGCACACACACACACACACACACAUAUACGUACAUACACUCUGUGUUUCCUCUGUGUCUCUUUCCAAACGUGUCAGUCAACCAGUCAGUCGAUUAUUUUUGUGUGCGUGUGUGUGUUUGGUGGGGAUGUUGAAACCAGCUCGUAACCAUCCUUCAUCUCUAUGACCCACGGACUAAAGCAACAGAGACAAGGACAAGGGGACGUACAGUGUCUCACAGAGGAAACUCGCCAACCAGUCGACUUCCCAACACCACUACUGCUGCUGUCUAUGAGCUGCACUGAGGCAGAAGACUGGACUGUGCGACAAUCCUGACAUACAGAGAACCCUGCAGAAGCUCAGACCAGCAGCAGCAGCAGCAGCAGACAUCAUGACCUCACCUUCCCUCCCCAUGCCUUCUCUCCCCCCCAGCCCCUUGGCCAUGGAGUACCUGAAUGACUUUGACCUCCUCAAGUUUGAGGUGAAAUCUGACACUCCUCUGCUCCCGACUCCAUGCGCGUACCCCAAAUCUGGCCUCCCCCAAGACCCCUCCAGCUCGCCGUACACCAGCCACCCUCCGCAGGACUCCAGUUUGAGCUCCAGCCCUUACAACUCGCUGCCGCCCUCGCCGACGCUCAGCGACGCCCACCCGCCGCCUUCGGGCUCUUCUUCCCUCUCAUCGUCCUCCUCCUCCAUUUCCUUCCCCCUCUCCAUAUCCAACAGCUUCACCUCCAGCAUCAGCUCUGGCUCUCAGGGGAACGUGGAGGGCAGCCCGGCCCACGGCGGCCCCCAGGGUCCCACGCCAGCCUCGUUGGAGGACCUGAUCUGGCUGGCGGCGCUACAGCAGCAGUUCGGAGGCGAGGUGACGGGGCCCGCCACUCUGCUGGGAGCCCUGGGAGGCGUGCCGGAGCGAGGGGACAGAGACAGAGGGCCGGUGAAUGGCUUUCUGGGCUGUGAGGAUGCGGUGGAGGCUUUGUUGAAUUCGGCCGCUGCAGCUGUCAGCUCACAGUUCCCAGGUCUCUCUCAGAGUUCGAGCAGCAACCUGGGAGACUCCGGCAGCGACAGCGGAGGCGACAUCUCCUGCGCCAAGGCGGCGGACAUGUGCCACCGCCCGCUCGUCUUCCUGUCGUCUGCGCCUCCCUCGCUCCCCAACGCCGCCCCUACCUCCGCCCCCUACCCGCAGCCCCUGAGCCCCCAGGGCCGCCUUCACCACCACCAGCAUCACCACCACCAGCAUCACCACCAUCACUCCAUGCACGGCAACCACCACCACCACCACCACCCACAAGUCAGUCAGUGCGGGGUGAACGAGCGUUUCUCUGACGAGCAGCUGGUGAGCCUGUCGGUGCGCGAGCUGAACCGACACCUGCGCGGCGUGAGCAAGGACGAGGUGGUCCGCCUGAAGCAGAAGCGGCGCACGCUGAAGAACCGCGGCUACGCCCAGUCCUGCCGCUACAAGCGCCUGCAGCACCGCCACGCUCUGGAGUCGGAGAAGCACGUGCUCACGCAACAGUUGGAACAGCUACAGUGUGAGCUGACUCGAGUGCUGAGGGAGAGAGACACGUACAAGGCUCGCUACGAGAAGCUGCUCAGCGCCAACCACAGCACCGGCGGAGACGCCCCACAGACCCGCACUAGCAACCCACCUUCUCCGCCCCCCGACUACUUCCUCUGAGUUUCAUCCACGGGGGGGGCAGGAGAAAACCAAGACCAGCCAAUAUGGAACAAUCAGUGAUAAGUAAUCAGACUUGGGGAUGAAAACGGAAUGUGUACUUGUGUGUUUGUGCUUAAGGGAGAAAGUGGAAGAGAGACAGUGGCAGGCUGUUUUUUUUUUUUUGAGGAUACACAACUGUGAAAACCACCCUUAACAAUUAAAGGGUUACUGACUGUUAAUUCAUAGGGUUAGACUCAGCCCUAGGCUGCUUCAUGGACUCAGAUCUACUUUACUGUGAAUGAUAGUUGCACAGAAGUACUGUCUGAGAGCUCUUCUGCUUGUGACACCACUACAACAGUUGACAAACUAUGAAAAUGGAUUGAAAAAUGCUUUAUCUUGCAAUAAAACUCCCAUAGUCCUUGACGCUGCUGCUAUCUAUGCAAUACUAUAUAUCUGCAAUGUACUCUCUAAACGAGUGUUUGAGGCUCACUGUAGUUUUUUUUUUUUUUUUUUUUUUUACAAUAUGCUGCUAAAGCUGCAGAGGUCUGAGUAGUGCAGUGGUGCUGGAUGUGGAGUGGUAUGGGCUUGGAUAAAGUAUCAAUGGCAAGUUUUUUGCCAGAUAAUGUUUCACAGUUGCCUAUCAAAGUGUUUAAGCUCACCAAGACUUGUUAUUCUUUGUAAGAUGAAUAAUCAUAGAUAAAAGAAUGUACAAGGAUACCUUUCAUGGGGAUCUUCCAGUGAUUGUGCUAAAUAAAUAGCGGGGACAUUGCUCUUGUGUUUUAGCAAAAAUAAAAGUACUUUUUUGCUAGUUGAAAAAUGGCCACCUUCAGCCAUUAACAGAGACAGAAUAGACUUGCUGUUUGCUCUCGAGAAUGAGUUUUGACAUACAGAGAUGUGAUAGUGUGCUUAACUACUGCAAAAUGGUGAAAGAGGCGAAGAAGCUCAUCGCAAGAGUGUGGCAUGAUUUGCGUGGUUGGGUCCAGUCCUCCAGACUAUUUUUCUGGCAGAUCGAAUACGUCUGUAUAACAAUCACCAUAUUAAUGCAGCAUGCGGCACCACAGAGCUGGCCACUCUGGACUCGGGAACUGUGGGCUACCAAUGCAACAGAAAAUUAACGGUGCAGGGAUUUAAAAAAAAUAAAAUAAAUUUAAAAAAAAAAAAAAAAAAAGAAGCAAAAAAUCUCUUCAUGGAGACACCUUCUUAACUGUCCCAUGAAAUUAUUGCCAGGGUUCAUGCAUUAGAGCAAUUUACUUUGUUUGGGUGUAGGUUACAUAAAUUGUUCUUUUAUUUAUUCUCCUAUUUAUUCAGUAUUUAUUGUUUAUUUAUGUACUGAUUCCAAUUAUUUUACUGGUUUUAUUCUAUUAGCGUGUAUUUUUACUUUCCUACAGUUUAUUCUUUUAUCCGACUGUGGUUAGGAUUAACAAUAUUACCAAAAAACAUGAUGGCCAUUACGAUGGUUUCCUGCUCCUGUUGUAGUGUGGUUUCAUAUGCACAUGAAAUAAACAAAGUACUCUACCACGGUU